GCCGGGCGACCCCCUGAGGCCGGUGGGAAUCCCCGGGAAGCGGACGGGCCAAGGCCUCCCCGGCGUGGGCGCUGCGGACCCCGCUGUCCCCGCACGGCCGCGGGUAGCCGCUCCCCACCCCGGGUGGCCCGCGCGGCGCGUGUGGGCGUCUAUCUGGGGUGCGCAGGGCGCCCCCACCCUCGCCGCCCCUCCCGCGUGGCCCCGAUAAGGACGCCGCUGGGGGCUGGCUCGCCGCCACGGGGACUUCUCCCUUUGACCGUCGCCGGACGCGGAACCGACCUCCGAGCCUCGGACGCGGCCGAGCGGCCUUUUGUGUGGCCGAGCCGGUGGCGCGGGGUUUUGGAAGAUGACCCCCAGCAGGGUGACCUCCAACGCUGUCUGCACACUGGCCGGAGAGAAAGUGUGAGCUGGUGUCACGUCAGUGUCUGGUCCCCCCCAAUGCUGGCGCCCUCCCCUCGAGGACGGCCCAAGUACUAUGCAUGUGAUGAACUGUGUCUCCCUGGUCAGCGAUAAGGAAAAUGGGGCUCCCGCCUCCGCAGCUGGAUUCAUGAUCAGCCAAACCCCGCCCCCGCCGCCGCCUCCCCCCACUCCUCCACCAUGUCCUUCGCCUGCGCCUCCCCCCCCACCUCCCCUCCCGGGGGGGCCUCCCGCCCCCCCUCCCCCGCCCGGACUGCCUCCAACCUCGCACGUGAACGGCCACCUGGGGAAGAAGAAACGGCUGCGGAGCUUUUUUUGGAAAACCAUCCCCGAGGAGCAGGUGCGCGGCAAGAACAACAUCUGGACGCUGGCGGCCCGGAAGCAGCAGCACUACCAGAUCGACACGAAGACCAUCGAGGAGCUGUUCGGGCAGCAGGACGGGACCCCCAAGGUCUCCCCUUCCAGGCGAGGGGCGGCGUCCCACUCGUCCUUCCGAGAGGCGAGGGAAGAGAUUACCAUCUUGGAUGCAAAACGGAGCAUGAACAUUGGGAUAUUUCUCAAGCAAUUUAAGAAGUCUCCCCAGUCCAUUGUAGAAGACAUCCAUGAAGGAAAGAGUGAGCAUUAUGGAGCAGAGACCCUGAGAGAAAUCCUUAAGCUUUUGCCAGAGUCGGAGGAGAUAAAGAAAUUAAAAUCCUUUGGCGGCGACGUGUCCAAGCUGUCCCUGGCAGACUCCUUUCUGCACUAUUUAAUUCAGGUGCCAAACUAUUUACUUCGGAUUGAAGCUAUGGUGCUAAAGAAAGAAUUUUUACCUUCUUGCUCUGCUCUGUACACAGAUAUCACAAUCCUAAGAACUGCUACAAAAGAACUGAUGUGUUGCGAGGAACUGCAUUCCAUACUGCACCUGGUGCUGCAGGCCGGCAACAUCAUGAACGCGGGAGGAUAUGCCGGCAAUGCGGUAGGAUUUAAACUGUCAUCUUUGCUCAAAUUGGCGGACACCAAAGCCAACAAGCCCGGCAUGAACCUUUUGCACUUUGUCGCUCAGGAAGCCCAGAAGAAAGAUGCUGUUCUUCUCAACUUUUCUGAGAACCUGCGUCACGUCCAGGAGGCUGCGAGAUUAUCUCUGGAUAACACUGAGGCCGAGCUGCACUCGCUGUCUGUCAGGACGAGAUCUCUGAGGGAAAACAUCCAGCAUGAUGGCGAACUUUGCCGGCAGAUGGAAGAUUUCCUUCAGUUCGCCACAGAGAAGCUGAGAGAGCUGGAGCAGUGGCAACAGCAGCUGCACGAUGAGGCCCACACCCUCAUUGACUUCUUCUGUGAAGACAAGGAGACCAUGAAGCUGGACGAGUGCCUUCAGAUCUUUCACGACUUCUGCCUCAAAUUCAACAAAGCAGUGAAGGACAACCACAACCGGCAGGUGCAGGAGCGGCGGCAGCAGCAGCGGCUCCAGGAGCUGGAGCAGAAGCGCCGGUCGUGGGCGGCGGGGGAGCUGGGGGGCUUCGGCCGCAGCAGCAGCGAGAACGACGUGGAGUUGCUGAGCAAGCGGGGCGCCGAGGACCUGCCCUCCUUCCUGAACCCCAGGCCCGUCAGCCCCUCCUACCGACCCCCCAACACCCGCCGCUCCCGCCUCUCUCUGGGUACCUCGGCCGACCGCGAGCUGCUGACGUUCCUGGAGAGCUCCACGGGCAGUGGCGGGGGCGGCGGGGACGGCAGCCCCGAGGAGCUCAAGUUCAACAGCCUCCCCAGGAGCAGCCCGAGGCAGCCCCGGCCCACGGUGGCCUGGAUGGAGCCGGCUCCGUCCAGCGCCCCUGACGCCAGGGCCGCCCCGGGUAGUCAGCAGGAGACCCCCGACCCACCCACAGCCUGGCGGAGCCACCCGCCUGCCCCGGACCCUGGGGACGCCCCUUGGUCCUUCCCCAAGGCCCGGCGAGGGGGCACCAGCGUCCUGCGGAAGAGGAACAGCGAGCCCGUGGGCCUGGGCCCCGCGCGGUCAACGCCGCCCCUGUCCCCUCUGACCGUGGGCAUCGAGGAGCGCGAGCUGGUGACCGGACUGGCCCAGUUUGAGCUCCAGAGUGCCAAGGGCGCAGAGGAGCCCGCCCCGCCGAAUCCCAGUACCUCCUGCCCCACAGAGCUGGGCGCCCGCGUGGAGGGGGUGCCGCCUUCCCUGGGUGCCACCGCGGACAACCUGAGGCCUGGGGAUCGCACAAGAGAGCCCAGCCCAGACCUGGAGGAGGACAGCAGGGUCCCGGAGGAGCCCAGCGGGCUCUCCGCGGGCAGCAGUGACCCCGAGAAUAAAGACGCGGGGCGGCUCUUCUGCAUCUCCGACGCCACCGACUGCUCGCUGACGCUGGACUAUUCCGAGGGCACGGACAGCAGGCCCGAAGGCGAGGACCCAGGAGGCGACGAGGGCCAGGGGGAUACCCCGGCACCCACCGAGACCCCUGUCUCCAGCCCCGCGCGGGAGGCCCCGGCGCCGGGCCCCAGGAAAAGCGAGCCCAGCGGCAGAGGGGGCCUGGGCAGGGACAGGCUGGCCAAAGGCAAGGACACGCUGGCGCCCAAGAGAAACUCCCUCAAGGAGACGCCCCCGGGGGCCCCCAAGGCCACAGGGAUCGCACGUCGGAGCCAGGCUGCGGCGACACCCCGGCCCGGGCCCGCGCGGCCAGCAAGCGCAGCCGUGCGCACCUUGACGGCGUCGGAGAACGAGAGCAUGCGCAAGGUCGUGCCCAUCUCGCGUUCCAACCGGGCCGCGGGGGGCUGGAAGCGGCCGCCCCGGGAGUCCCCCAGCACCUCGGAGCCCGCCUGGGUGCGCCGCAGCUCUGUGAAGGGCACCUCGGACACGUCGCCCCGCAGACCCUCGACGGGCGGCACGGCCGAGGAGCCCCGGCUCCAGCGCGCCAGCGGCUCAGUCAGCUCGCGGCCCAGCAAGGAGUCGUCCACACUGCAGGCCCGCAGCUCCUUGCGGAAACCCAGCGCCAAACCCCUGCGCAACCUGCCCCGGGCAAACCAGAAACCCGACGAGAAUAAGAUCUGUAGGUCCAACUCCCAGGAGGGCCCCGAAGAGGAGCCCAAGACGCCGCCACCCCCCGCUCCCAGUGUCCCGCGCGCCCCCGCCACGGUGCCCAACUUCGCCCGCAACACGGUGGCCUCAUCAUCGCGGUGCAUGAAAACCGACACCCCGCCAGUGGCCAGGGCGCCGGGCCUUACCCGGACAGUCUCCCAGCGGCAGCUGAGGAUGAAGGGUGCGCCCGAGGACACCUCCCCAAAGGACAGCGGCGCCCUGCGGCGUGCCAGCAGCGCGCGGUCCCCCAAGAAGAGCGCGGAGUCAGCCGUGGAGGGACCCGGGUCGACCUCGGAGGCCUCCCCGAAGGGCAGAGCGGCUGGGGAGAGGGGUUCCCUCAGGCUUAGGGACGCGCAUCAGCGGACCGCUCUGGGGAAAAUCCUCAACCCCCUACGGAAGUAA